CCGAAGCCCAGGAUGAGCAAGCCGCCGGAGCCUCCGCUUUAUUUCCCCUCCCUGUACGACCGCGGUGUCUCCCCUUCCCCCCUGGGGGACCUGGGCAUCUGGAGGAAGCUCUUCGUGCCGUUGAGGCCCCCGGGGCAGCCCUCCGGGGGCGAGGGCGGUGCCCAGGCCCUGGCACUGCCCCCUCCGCCCCCCGGGCUUCGCCCCCCGCCCUGGCCAGCUGGCCUGGCCCCCCUCCCCUACGAGCCACUUCGCUUCUUCUACUCGCCCCUGCCCCUGCCUCGGCCCCGGGACCCCGGCCCCGCCGCCCCGCCCGAGGACCAGCUCUGCGAGCUGCAGAUCCGCAUCAAGGAGCUGGAGCUCCUCACCAUCACCGGAGACCGCUUCGAUUCGCAGCGAUAUAAAUUUCUGAAGGCACUCAAAGAUGAAAAGCUACAAGGCAUGAUGAUGCAGUCCCAGGUGAAGAAACAAGCUCGAGCACCUUAAGAAACCCUGGCUCCAGGCUUCCCACGUUCGCAGUUAUUUAUUUGACCAUUUAUACCAAAAAUUCAGAUUUAACUAUUUUAUGAUCUCUGCUAACGAAUGCUGCCUAGCUCCUCACCAAUACAGUAUUAGCUUGUGUGUGUACUCUCA